AUGAAGUUGGCGGUCCUCCUCCUCCUCCUCCUCCCGUGGGUGUCCUACCCGCUGUCCCUCGCCAACAUCGCCGGUCCAAGUGAGUUUGUGUCCUUGGCAGAGAUGGAGGACGCCCUCCUUAAGAACCUUUUCCAAGGCUACCAGCGCUGGGUCAGACCAAUCCAGCGUGCCAACGACACUGUUAAAGUACGCUUUGGGCUCAAAAUCUCCCAGCUGGUUGAUGUGGAUGAGAAGAACCAGCUCAUGACAACUAAUGUUUGGCUUUGUCAGGAGUGGAUCGAUUAUAAGCUGCGAUGGAAUCCAGAGAAAUACGGAGGAAUCACCUCCAUCAGAGUUCCCUCUGAAAAUAUCUGGCUCCCAGACAUCGUCCUCUAUGAGAAUGCUGAUGGGCGGUUUGAGGGCUCUCUGAUGACCAAAGCCAUUGUCAAGUUCAACGGUACCAUCACCUGGACGCCUCCUGCAAGUUACAAAUCUGCCUGCACCAUGGAUGUCACCUUCUUCCCUUUCGACCGCCAGAACUGCUCCAUGAAGUUUGGAUCCUGGACCUAUGAUGGCAACAUGGUGGACCUGGUUCUGAUGGACAACCAGGUAGAUCGGAAGGACUUCUUCGAUAACGGGGAGUGGGAGAUCCUAAGUGCCACUGGUGCUAGAGGGAACCGGAAGGACGGCUUGUACUCAUACCCCUUCAUUACGUAUUCCUUUAUUCUGAAGAGGCUACCGCUGUUCUACACACUCUUCCUCAUCAUCCCGUGUUUGGGUUUGUCCUUUCUCACUGUCUUGGUGUUUUACCUUCCCUCAGAUGAAGGAGAGAAGCUCUCACUUUCUACCUCUGUCCUUGUGUCGCUCACUGUGUUCCUCCUGGUCAUAGAGGAGAUCAUCCCUUCUUCCUCCAAGGUGAUCCCGCUCAUUGGAGAGUACCUGCUCUUCAUCAUGAUCUUUGUCACCCUGUCAAUCAUCGUCACCGUCUUUGUCAUCAACGUCCACCACCGCUCCUCAGCCACCUACCACCCCAUGUCGCCGUGGGUUCGUAAUCUCUUCCUCCAGAAACUGCCGCGGUUGCUCUGCAUGCGUGGCCACAUUGACCGCUACCACUAUCCAGAGCUGGCUCCUGAAAGCCCAGAGCUGAAACCACGCUCUGGUAGUCGGAGAGGAGGGCAGAGGAGCGGAGCCCAUGGACAGGCGACUUCUGAAGGGAAGGAGGACGAAGCCUGGGCAACCAUGUUGGAGAAGGCCAUCUAUUCAGUGCGGUACAUCAGCAGACACAUCCGCAAAGAGCACUUCAUCCGCGAGGUGGUACAAGACUGGAAGUUUGUGGCCCAGGUGUUAGACAGGAUCUUCUUGUGGGCUUUCCUCACCGUCUCAGUACUGGGCACCAUCCUCAUCUUCACUCCAGCUCUGCAGAUGUUCUUGAAAGUCCCUCCUCCGACUGCAAGUGAGGAUCCAACUUCAAACUAG